AUGGUGAAGAAGACGAAAAAUCGGGAUGCCGAAGGGGAGAUGAUGAUAAUGAUGGAAAGCUAUGCGGCCAAUGAUGGUCUGAGAAGCCAGGAAAAGCCAAAUCUGGCAACAGGAUUUGUUCCAGGGAAGGUCGACACCGUGAAGGCGCUGGGCAUGACCGAACCCAACCCCGACACAGUCUUCGGCAAGUUGCGACCCCAAUUCAUAAAGCCCGGAACGCGAGGACCCAGCGACAUCAAAGCGAUCAAGAGCCUAGGCUGCAUCGUUGAUUGGCCAUUCUUCAUCUUCGAAGCCAAGCCCGCCCAAACCGCCAUCCCCCAUGCCCGUAACCAGGCUCAACGCGACUGCGGCGCUGUCCUAAAGUCACUCGUCAAACUGAAAGCAUACGUCGAAGGGCGCGGCUACAAGAAGAAGACUGGUGCAGUCGAAGCCUUCUGGGUCUUCUCGCUUUGCUGGAACCCAGAGUAUGCCAACAUACUGGUGCACUGGGUUGAGAUCAUGGAUGAUGAGACGGAGAUCUUCCAUGUGACAAAACUCCGUCAGAAGUUCAUGGAUGAUGAGGAAGGGCGGGCUGCGCUGCGUGCUUACAGGCACAACGUCUUUGACCAUGGCUCUUCACACAUGUCCCCGCCAUGGAGAAGAUAUGGGCGAAGGCCGUCAAGGCGGGAAACCCUUCGAUGA